AUCACAUAUGAAUCCAUCACAUCUUAACACCCACAUAGCCCACCUUCCUUCUUUAGUUUCUUCUCAUUCUUGCCUUUCUCCAAUUAAUCAAUCUUUUAGUGACGGUUUUUGCCGUUUUAACGUCUUUCCGUCAGGAAAAAAGGAUUGCCUUAUUUAUCGACCAUCAUGACAACGUUGAUGUCAAUCGUCGUGACGAUGAUCGCGAUCAUGUUUAGAUGUUCCAACGGCCUCAGCAUGAACUACUACAUGAUGAAUUGCCCAAUGGCCGAGUUCAUCAUCCAGAACUCAGUCAGAUCAGCUUUGACAUCUGAUCCAACUCUUGCUGCUGGCCUUAUCAGGAUGCACUUUCAUGAUUGCUUCAUCCAGGGUUGUGACGCUUCGAUUUUGCUUGAUUCUACCGACGACAAUAAGGCGGAGAAAGACUCGCCUGCGAAUCUGAGCUUGAGGGGAUACGAGAUUAUUGACGAUGCUAAACAACAGUUGGAAAACCAAUGUCCUGGCGUUGUAUCUUGUGCCGAUAUCAUAGCUAUGGCUGCCCGUGAGGCGGUUUUUUUUGCUAGAGGUCCGUAUUACGACAUACCGAAAGGACGGAAAGAUGGGACAAGAUCCAAAAUUGAAGACACAAGGAACCUGCCUCCACCAACUUUAAACACGAGUGAACUCAUUAAAAUGUUUGGGCAACAUGGUUUUAAUGCUCAAGAAAUGGUUGCUCUUUCUGGUGGACAUACACUAGGAGUGGCUCGAUGUUCGUCGUUCAAGAACCGUCUGAAAAACUUCGAUUCAAAAAACGACGUGGACCCGAGCAUUGACUCGCAGUUUGUGAAAAUGCUUGCGAGAACCUGUAAUGCGGGUGACAACGCAGAGCAACCUUUCGACAUGACGAGAAACAUGUUUGAUAACGGUUACUAUAACGCCCUUCAAAGGCAAGCCGGAGUCCUGUCGUCGGACCAAACCUUGAUGGCGGACCCAAGGACCAGACCCAUCGUCAACGGGUAUGCUAUGAAUCAAGCCAUGUUCUUCAUGGAUUUCCAACGAGCCAUGGUCAAGAUGGGGUUGCUUGACGUUAAAGAGACCGGACAAGUGCGUCAAAACUGCCACAAAAACAACUGAUUUUAACGUCGUUUUGAAUACUUGCAAAGGAAAGCUAGCUUUUUAUGAGGUUUGAUAUAUAUUGGAUUAGGAAUAUGUAUACGAAAUAGUAUGUAUUUGGUAAUUGUGUGGAGAUA